AUGUCUCGAAUCAUAGGCUUAUUCCUCCUUCCUCUGUUUUUUGCUGGAGUCUGCUCUUCUCUCCAUUUUUAUGGGUAUAUGGCCCUGUUUAUUCUACUCUUUGGCUAUUACUGGGCACCAGAUUUCCUUUCCUUUGAGAAGCUUUUGCCCCUACCAUGGAUCCACUAUCGGCAUGAUAAAUUCCGACGAGCUCAGCAGGACAACAUUUUCACUGUGUUCAUUCAAGGUGCCUCUGGCCAAUCUGUUCCACUUCUUGCCAAUCAAUUUACCACUUCCAAGCAAGUGAUACAACAGCUGUCAGCACAUGGCUAUGUUCCAUACGAUAAUCAAGGAAUUCUCAUGCUGACAACAUCUGCGAGACGUAUCCUACUCCCUGGAGAGUCAUUGCACAAUGCAGGACUAGGGGCUUUAUCCCAUCUAUGGCUCCAAAUACGGGUCUUGAGAGGCAUGCAGCAAGAGCAACCUCGCAAAUGGGGCAAGAAGACACCAGGUAAAGCGAUGGAACUGCCAGAAACCAUGGAAACAGAUGCUGAUGGAAUGCUCAAAGAUAUUACUGUUCAGGACAUCGAAGAAAUCACCGAAGGACCUAGCAAACAAAAUAAGAUUCAUGACAUAGAGCACUUCUUUGGGCAACUGUACAUUGACUCAGAUGGGAAGAGAGUUCAGAAUUGUACUAUAUGCACAAAGAAGGCUGGCAUGCCAAAAGCCAAGGUCAAUGAAUUGUCAACUCUGCGUCGUCAUUGUCAAUCUUUUCACAAGGCUACAUACCAAAAAUGGGCGAAAGAUAAUGGUUUUGCAUUAAUGCUGCCAGAUGACCAUAAAGAACUGAAGGCUGCAAAAAUGGAGAGUGAACAGCAAACAUGUCUCCACCCACAUCUAAAAGAAUGA